AUGGGUAAAGAUAGCAAGGAACAUAAGGAAAGCAAAGACAGCAAAUCUGUAGACAACUACGAAGCCAGGAUGCCAGCGGUGUUGCCAUUCGCUAAGCCAUUGGCCUCUAAGAAACUGAACAAGAAGGUCUUGAAGACCGUCAAAAAGGCAUCCAAGGCUAAAAAUGUGAAGAGAGGAGUCAAGGAAGUUGUCAAGGCCCUAAGAAAGGGCGAGAAGGGUUUGGUUGUUAUUGCUGGUGACAUUUCUCCAGCGGAUGUUAUUUCUCAUAUCCCAGUUUUGUGUGAAGACCACUCUGUCCCAUACAUCUUCAUACCUUCCAAGCAAGAUUUAGGUGCUGCUGGUGCUACAAAAAGACCCACUUCUGUUGUAUUCAUUGUCCCAGGUAGCAAUAAGAAGAAAGAUGGGAAGAGCAAGGAGGAAGAAUACAAGGAAUCUUUCAAUGACGUCGUCAAAGAAGUUCAAGCUUUAUGA